ACGGAAAUAGAUCAAUGUUCACAGAGCUCCACAAGCUUGUCCAUAAGACAGCAAAGGCGAAGAAGGCGCCCAAGAGCGCGGUGGCGACUGGCCCGACUAUGUCGGCAUCCCAGGCUGCUUUCAUUGUGAACCUGAGGAACAAGGUAGAUGCGCAGUUGGAUACUCUCGGGCAUACAUGCCUCGAUGGGGAGUGCGGAGGCAACUGAAGGGUCAGGAAGGUAACAAGCUGGGGUAGCUGAGUGCCGUGCGGUGAAGGCAUGCAGAGCAAACUUGCUGUAGGAAUUUUUUGACGAUUUUGUUUGUAUUUAUUGAUUUAAUGGAAGAAGAGGGAUGGG